UCUCGCUUCAGAUCGAUGUGACGGUGUUUGUACCUGAGGACUGAACCCUACCUGUGGAUCCUGUCCCGGCAACAGCACUAUGGGGAUCUCCGCGUCCAGUCUGCUGGAUGACAACAAAUCCAACUACAUCAAAGGCCAAGCCGAGGCUCAGCUGAAGGCGUUCAGUCCGUACUACAGGAAGCAGUUCUCCGUGGCUCGGUUCUCUCAGGUAGAAGAUGACCUGGAGCAGCACAAAGAGAAGAUCACACAGCUGCUCAAACAGAGGGAGGCUCCUCAGGAGGCAGAAGUGCUGUAUGAGGAGGCCGUCCUUUACUUUGACGACACCAGGAAGUGGAGGGAGAGGUACAUAGUGGUGAGAGCCAACUACAGCCUGGAGUGUCACGAGAGCCUGGAGAGUUUUGUUAAAGGGGUUCCUCCUCGUCACAAGCUGCUGCCUACAGGGGGCACUGUUCUGACCACGGAGGAGAAGUACAUGGCCAUGGUGGACAGGUGUUUUCCUGAUGAUUCCAGUGUGAAGGAGGACUUCGCCCCUCCUCUGUCGGGGAUGCCAGGUCAGUUUCCGGUCUACCUGCGUCUGCCCUACAGGAGAGACUCUUACUUCUGCUUCAAGCAGCAGGCCAAACAGGAAGCCUUCCUCUCCAUCCUGACAGACUGCAUCAGACACCAGAACCAAGACUUCCUGAAGAAGAAGACGUGUGAAGUUCAGGCCUUCCUCAAAGCCAUCCAGCUCUACAGACAGGACAAAGGCAAAUACGAGGCCUGGGACAUGCUGAUAGGAAGUGACGUCAGGGUGAUGGCCAACGUGGUGAUGGAGCAGCUGCUUCCGUCUCUGGAGAAAGAGAUGCUGCCUCGUCUCAAAGCCAAGAAGACAGAGAAGAAGAGAGUCUGGUUUGCUACGGUGGAGGCGGCGUACAUCCUGGUCCAGGAGCAUCUGUUGGAGGGACUGGCGACGCUGAAGGAAGAAUGUCGGACGUCGGUACGGCAGCAAGAGGUGCUGAUCCACUCCGACAUGGACCAGAUCCUCAACUCCAGACGGCAGCUGGAGGAAAAAGUCCGAGCCAAAGUAUCAGAGCCGGCGGAGAAGCUGUGCUCUGAGUCCGUCCAGCCGUACCUGGGCUCAGUCCUGGAAGAACUGAUGGAGCCAAUCAGCUCAGGUUUCCUGGAGGGACGACAGCUGAGUGAGAAGAUGAUGGACCAGGUGUGUCAGGACGUCAUGGCGGGAGAAGAGAACGAGCAACUAAAAAAGGCUCUGUAUAACAUGUCGAGACCAAACCUGCUGAGCUGUUACCAGAAGAUCGGCUCCCUGCAGGAGAAACUGCAGCACCUGCAGGAGAGAUUUGGUUUCUCCAAUAUCACAGGAGUGAUCCACAGCGCUCAGAUCGACCUGCAGAUGCUGAUGGAGAACAUGGCUUACACGUUCGAGCAGCUGCUGCACAAAGCCGUCCAGGACAACCCAGACAACGCCGGCUCUGCCAUCGAAAAGGCCAAACACAGAGUGCUCAAGCAAUAUGACUACGACAGCAGCACAGUGAGGAAGAGGAUCUUCCAGGAGGCUCUCGUCUCCAUCACGCUGCCCUUCAUCAAGAAGAACCUGGCCCCCACCUGCAAGGCUGAGCUUGAGGGUCUUGAUCAGUCCAUCUAUGCCGAUUACUCCAACUUCAUCUACGUUGAGAACGUUUAUGAGAGCAUCCUCCUUCAAAUUCUGGACGAAGAGGUCACCAAAGUGGUGAAGGAAGCGGCGAGCCUGAAGAAGUACAACCUGUUCACAGACAGCAGAGACCUGGUCAGCCAGUCCAGCCGGUCCAGCCUUUCCUCUCCCUCCGUCUCCACUCCGAGCAGCCCUGCCAUGGUGCUUGCCUCCCCUUCUAAAACAUCCUUUGAGCCUCAGUCCCCCUCUCCUCUUGUGGUCAAUGGUCUGUCUUCCAGCCCCCAGAAGGAAGAGCAGCAGGAGAAAGAGAGCAGCGUGAAGCAGAGUGAAGCCUCAGGGGACGGGACAGUGAUUGAGACGCCUCUGGGCAAAGUUGAACAAAAAGAGAUCGCUCAGAGCGUCGCAGUCAUUCAGGAUAAAGAGAUACCUGCACCCAAGGCAGAAGAGGUCAUCGCCCCUGUCGCACUUGAAGCAGCAGCAGCUUUAGCAGACACGACCUCUCCGGCUGAGACACAAGAAGUCAACGUAGCACCAGCCACGAUCCAAAAGAAAGGGAUUUCUGUCGAGACGGCGGCUGAGACGGAGACACAGAGCACAGACACUCUAAAAGAAGAACACCUAGCUUUGCCAGAAGAAGCAGCAGCACGAACAGAAGCUCCUGUACCAAGUCCUGAUCCCACAACAGAAACAGUACCGUCUUCAGCAGUGGAAACCAGUUUCCAGCCAGUAGCCAGUGGUGAGGGAGACAGACGGUGCGAGAGCUCAAAAGUCAAGUCAGAGGCGCCCUCUAGUGGUGAAGCACCUGCAGUCACACCUGGAGAUGUUGGCCUGGACAUGAAGGGAGACGAAGCAGGGCCUGUUACUGUCUCAGAUCCUAAUUCUCUGGACGUGUCAGUAGGAAGUGAGUCAGCCCCCUCUGAUGUGGAGUCCACAGAAGAAGUCAAAGUCACACAGAGCAGCGAGGACGAGGUCUCAACAACCUCUGAUGUCUUGGAGAAUGAGGCUAAUGUCAGUAAAUCACCUGUGAGCUCAGACGAUGCACCUGAAGACAAAAGCACAAGUGCGGAGCUGUCUCUUCAGACCCACACGGAGGCUGCGAGCGGAGAUGUCAAUGCGAGCGAGGACAUCGAAGCAGGAGCGAGCGUAAACGUGGAGGCAACAGUUACUACCACCUGUUUGUCUUCUGAGCCUGACAAAGAGGAAGCCCUGUCCAGCCCCGACGCCCGGCCUCUGGACUGCAUCAAGGAUAUCCGUGACCUGGUGGUGGAGGUGAUUGAGGUGGAGGAGCUGGUGCAGCGUUACCCCAGCGGAGUUCCAACAGACGAAUAAAGCAUCAUGACCAAUCACAGCUGCAUCAGAGGACAUGUGGACCAAGUGUUCUUUAAGCAGGACGGGGGGGGGGACAAAGUAAUUAAGGGUGUUCUACUAUGGUCUGCUGAAGGGCCUCAGAACUGUAGCCUCCAUUUCAGAGAAAACUGCUCGUCUGCUUUAAAUCAUCCUCGUGUCAGAGCAGAGGACAUUUUUUUCUCUGAGAGGAAACAGUAAAAGACUCCAGAGAAACGUUCACUAAAGCUUCCAUGAACUUUAACACGUGCAUGAAAUGACAUUAAAUUAUUUAUACAAAUUGACAUCAUUUACACAAAUCAUUACAUCAGCUGUGUCAGGCGUAUGCAACCAACAGAAUCUGUUUCAUUUAGUAAAUCUGAUGUUUUUUUUGUUUUUUUUAUACAAACUACAAAUAUUUUAGCACCAAAUUGCUUUAGAAAACAAGAAGAUUUUGAACCAUUUUAAGAUUGUGAGUAACUUUCAUAGUGGUGCAGUAGAUUAUGAAUCUAUUUUAAAGGAAUAGUUAGACAUUUUGGAAAAUUGCUGACAUACUUUAAUUCAUAGAGUCGGAUGUGAGGAUGGAUAUCAGCCUCAUGUCUGCAUGUGAGCUGGACUCAGGAUGUGGUUAGCCUAGCUUAGCAUAAAGACUGGAAACGGGGGGAAACAGCUAGCCUGGCUCUGCCCAGAGUUAAUUCCACCUACCAACACAUCUAAAGCAAAAUGAACAUGAUGUAUUUUGUUGGUUGGAUCUGUACACACACAGAGGAAGGUGAAAGUGAAAAUGUGGCUUCAGAGGGAGUUACAUGUUUGAACUAUUUCCUGUUGAACAUCAAGCCAGUUGCAGUGUCAUUACCUGAGGCAGAGGAAGUAUGAAGAACUUUUACUCAAAUAACACCAGUCCUACCAAAGUAUGAAUAUGAUUCAUUAGAAGUGCAAGUUCUGCUUUAAGAUUUUUACUGAAGUAUCAGAUGUCUCAUGGACUUAAAGUAUCCAAAGUAAAAGUUCUCAUGUCAGUAUUCUCUGACUCAAACUACUGCAUCAUAUUUUAUAAACUGAUCGUAUGUUUGAUAUUUAAAAUCCUUACAGGUAACUACAGCUGCUAAAUAAAUGUGGUGAGGAAAAAGUACAAUAUUCCCCUCUGACAUGUAGUGAUGUAGAACAAAAUGGAAAUACCAGUAAAGUACUUCAAAAUUAUACUUCAGUGCAGUACAUGAGCAAAGGUACCCGUUUCUACAGUUAAACUGUUUUUCAUCAAGAAAUAGUCCCAGCAUGCAACACUUCCUGAAACCACAAACUGGUGUUUCACUUUGUGCAGGUUUAACAAACCACAUAUGACAUAUUCAUUAGUGAUCCUCACAGGUAUUAGCGUGUUUUUGGACUGAAGACUUAACCUGUUUCCCCCUACUUACAGUCUUUAUGCUAAGCUAGGCUAACCCUGUCCUGAUUCCAGCUUUGCACAGACAUCAGAUUGUAAAGACUGAUCCAUCUGAAUGAGUCACUUUCAGCAAAUAAGCACAAUUACCACAGCAUCAAACCAUUUUGCUGACAUGACAUCAGUCAUCCACAGUCAUGUCACUGUUUCAUUUCUAAUUCAUUUUGAAAUCAGUGAGGUUUAGUUUCAUAUCACUGUAACACGUAUUUUAAUAUAUUAGACCACAUGAUCUGGAUCAGUACCACUGCCACAUUCUCACUAAAGCUGUGUCGGCACAUUGUCUUCUCCUUAAUGUGAUUUUAUUUUUUUACUUACUGAAGGAUUUCUUUAACAAAAAAAAGCUCAGAGUGCCUUUCCAUUACCUCCAUGUUGUCCACAUGUGCCUUAGGUCUCAUGAAGAAGGAAACAGCCUCCGUCAUGUGGAUGGGGUUGUUCAGUGAGACUGGUCCCAGUCUGAACACGUGUGCCUUUCACCUGCAGAGAGAAUCUUACACAGACAGGGUUAGUGGGAGGAACAUUUGACCAUAAACUGUCCACCACAUGAAUGUUGGUUAAUGCAAACAGUGUGGAAAUAUUAUUAAUAAAAUAAGUCUAUCAACAAACAUUCCCUCAAACUAUUGUUGUAUGAACUCUCCACUCUCUGGUUUUAAUUUAGGGAAAGAAGCACAAACAAUAAAUGGUUUUAUUUGCCAAUAAAACAAAUGCACCAUGA